AAAAUGAAUGUUCAACAACAACAGGCAGCAGUUGUUGCAGCACAACAGCAAGCUGCUCAACAACAACAAGCCGCACAACAACAAGCUGUCCAACAACAACAGCAACAACAACAACAACAACAACAGCAACAACAGCAACAACAACAAGGUCAAGGCCAACAACAAGGUCAACCAAUUGAUCAGUUAGGAAAUGUUACAUCUAAAAUUAGGGAAAUGAAUGAAUCAAUUUGGAUUCAUUUAGGCACAUAUGCAGAAUCAAUUAAUGAAACAGAGAAAGCAUUAGCUUCUUAUGACAAUGCACUUAGACACAAUCCAUAUUCGAUAAAAGCACUUACUCAAAUGGCAACAUUAUACAGAUUAAAGGAACAAUAUGUAAAAGCUGCAGAAUUUUUCCAAAGAGUUGUUGCUCUCGAAACAAAAAAUGGAGAAGUUUGGGGUGCAUUAGGACAUUGUUAUUUAAUGAUGGAUGACCUCCAAAAGGCAUAUUCUGCCUAUCAACAAGCUUUAUAUCAUUUACCAAAUCCAAAAGACCCAAAUCUUUGGUACGGAAUUGGUAUUUUAUAUGACAGAUAUGGUUCAUAUGACCAUGCAGAAGAGGCUUUUACUGCUGUACUUAAAAUGGAUAGUAAAUUUGAAAAAGGUAGCGAAAUUUAUUUUAGAUUGGGUGUUUUAUAUAAACACCAAGGCAAAUAUGACCAAUCUUUAGAUUAUUUCCAACAUUUAGUUAAAGUCCCACCAACUCCAUUAUUAUCAUCCGAUAUUUGGUUCCAAAUUGGUCAUGUUCAUGAAUUACAAAAAGAUUAUUUAAAAUCAAAAGAUGCAUAUGAAAGAGUAUUAAAAGAUAACCCAAAUCAUGCUAAAGUACUUCAACAAUUAGGUUGGUUAUAUCAUCAUAAUCCACAAUUUACAAACCAAGAAAUGGCAAUUUCCUCACUCUUAAAAUCUAUCGACUCUGAUCCAUCCGAUGCACAAAGUUGGUAUUUAUUAGGUAGAUGUUACAUGACACAACAAAAAUAUAAAAAGGCUUAUGAUGCUUAUCAACAAGCAGUCUACAGAGAUGGAAGAAAUCCAACAUUUUGGUGUUCAAUUGGUGUACUUUACUAUCAAAUUAAUCAAUAUAGAGAUGCACUCGAUGCCUAUACAAGAGCCAUUCGUCUUAAUCCAUUCCUCAGCGAAGUUUGGUAUGAUUUAGGUACUCUUUAUGAAAGUUGUAGUCAAACUACAGAUUCUUUAGACGCUUAUCAACGAGCCGCCGAAUUAGAUCCAGGCAAUAAGCAUAUUCAAGCACGUCUUGCUACCCUUCGUGCUCAAAUCUCUGGUAAACCAAUCAAAGAUCCAUAUCAUGAAAAUGGUGACGGUGAUGGUAAUCAUUUAAGUUCAAUAAUUACUCCAAUGAUCAUUGAACCAUGCUCACCAAACCAUACCAACGAUCAUCUCAAUAAACACAAUGCACGUAACGGUAAUGGUGCAAACAAUGGUGGUUUUGUUGAAUUGGCUGAUAUUAAUUCGCAUCUCCCAGAAGAAAUGAGAAAUAACUCAAGUUUACCAUCUUCAAACGAAUUAAAUUCAAGUCUAAUUGAUAAGAAAACAGAAAAAAAUAAAGGUAAUAAUAACAAUAAUAGUUUUAAUAGUAAUAUAGCAUCUGGCUCCGAAGCUAGAUUUAAUAACCGAAAUAAUAUUGAUCAUCAAAAUAAUAACCAAAAUUACCAUUCUAAUUAUUCUAAUCAUAAUAAUAACAAUAAUAACCCAGAAGACAUUCAUAUUCACCAACUUCAAUAUGGUAUGAAAGAAAAUGUAAAUAGACAACCAGAAGUUGAUAGAAGAUUAAUGGAUCGUGAAGGUUAUAGUAACAACAAUAAUAAUAGAGGUAAUAAUAUGAACAUUCAUAUGAACAAUAACAAGAUGGAUUUAAGAGACAGAGAAAUUAUGAACAAUAACAAUGACAGAUUCGACCAAAGAGAAAGAUUCGACUUUAUUAAUAAUAGAGAACGUAAUAAUGGUAUAAUGAAUAAUAACAAUGACAGUAGAUUUGAAAGAUCUCAAUCACCAUUCGAAAAUAAUAGACCACACCCAAAUCAACAACAAAGAGAUGAAGAAAAAUUAGUAAUGGAAAGAGAAUUAAGAGAAAGAGAACCACGUGACAAAGAGGAACGUGAACAACACCGUGAAAAAGAACGUGAAAGAUCAGCUACUCCAAUUAAACCAAUCGUCGAAGAACGUGAAAGACCAUCAACUCCAGCUGCAGUAGUCGAAAAAGAAUCACCAGAGCAAAAUAAAAAUAGAGCAGUUUCACCAGUUUCAGAAAAAGAAUCAAAUAGAGUAUCUCAAGAAAAAGAAUCGAAUCCAUCUGCUGAACCAAAGAAAGAGGAUGAAGAACCAGAAAAAGUUGAAGAGCCAGAAAAAAGUUGUAGAAAAAGCACAAGAAAAAGAAGUUGUUGA